AUGGAGAAGGACAAGCUGGGGUCGUUGCAGCGGGAGCUGGGGGCAGUGGAGGGGCAGCUGGCGCGGGUGGAGAAGCUGCUCAAGAUCGCAGACCCUCAAGGCUGGUACGUCCACAGGUCAGCGCAGCGGCAGCAGCAGCAGGAUGCAGGCGGGGCGACCGCUGCUGACGGCGGCGGCGGCGGCGGCGGCGCAGCUGGAACGGACGCGGACGGGGCGGACGGCAGCGGCGCGCGUGCGGCGGCGCGCGCAGCGAUCGAGGCCGACCGGCAACGGCGAGCAGCGGCGGCAGAGAGAAAGCGGGCGGCGGCGGCGGCGGCGGCGCAGGCGGACACUUCGCAGCCAGAAGAGGAGGAGGUGGGCCAGGAAGAGCAACAGCAGCAGCAGCCGCAGGAGCAGCCGCAGCAGGGACAGCAGCAGAGCCUCCAGCAGCCGCCCAGCGCAGCAGCGCGCCGGCCCGUCGUAAUCAAGGGCAACGCCGCCGUGCUGGCCGGCGCGGCGGCAGCGGCGGCCCUCAACUCGCUCCAGAUUCCCGCCAGCGCUCAUCACCAACCACAGCAGCAGCAGCAGCAGCAGCAGCAGCAGCAGCAGCAGCAGCAGCCGGCGUCCGGCGAACAGGCGGCGCGCCGCGCCGCGGCAGCGGAGCGUGCGAAGCAGAUCGUCGAAGAGAUGAAGCGGGCGGACGCGCCGCGGCCUGCGGCGCCGGCUGCCGCGCGCAAGGUCAGGGGCCCCGCGAUGAUGCCCCCGCCCAAGUUUGAUGCGGCGGGGGCUGCAGACGCGGGCGCGGCGGACGUCCAUUCAGCAGCGGCGGCGCGAGUGGCGGCGAGCGUCGCGCUGCUCACGGGCGCAGCUGGGCGCCGGUCGGGGGAGGACGAGGGCGGCGCGGGCGCGGGCGCGGGCGGGCGGCAUCCACGGUCCGGCGGCGGCGGCGGCAGCGAGGGGGGCGAGGGCGGUGCGGGGGCGGAAGAGGUCUGGGUGCCGCCGUCUGACCAGAGGGGUGAUGGCCGCACGGCUUUGAAUGAAAAGUUUGGCUACUGA